ACCAUCAGUCCUACUCCUCCUCCUCUCUCUCUCUCUCUCCAUCAACACCAACACCAAAUCCGAAAAAUGGGUUCGACCCCAGAGACUCAGAUGACUCCAACCCAAGUCUCCGACGAAGAAGCCAACCUCUUCGCCAUGCAGCUAGCCAGCGGCUCCAUUCUCCCCAUGGUGCUCAAGGCGGCCAUCGAGCUCGACCUCCUCGAGGUCAUGGCAAAAGCCGGGCCUGGCGCUUUUGUUUCUCCGGCUGACAUAGCUUCGCAGCUGCCGACCAAGAACCCCGACGCCCCCGUCAUGCUGGACCGCAUACUGCGCCUCCUGGCCAGCUACUCCAUCCUCACUUACUCCCUCCGCACACUUCCCGACGGCAAAGUCCAGCGGCUGUACGGCCUCGGCCCCGUCUGCAAGUUCUUGACAAAGAACGAGGAUGGUGCUUCCAUUGGUUCUCUGUGCCUCAUGAAUCAGGACAAGGUCCUUAUGGAGAGCUGGUACCACUUGAAAGAGUCAGUCCUUGAAGGAGGUAUCCCAUUCAACAAGGCCUAUGGAAUGACCGCUUUUGAGUACCAUGGCACUGACCCAAGAUUCAACAAGGUCUUCAACAAGGGAAUGGCUGACCACUCUACCAUUACCAUGAAGAAACUUCUUGAGAUCUACAAUGGCUUUGAGGGCCUCACAUCCAUCGUUGACGUUGGUGGUGGCACCGGCGCUGUCCUUAACAUGAUCGUCUCUAAAUACCCUUCGAUUAAGGGCAUUAACUUCGACUUGCCUCAUGUCAUUGAAGAUGCUCCCCAAUAUCCUGGUGUGGAGCAUGUUGGAGGAGACAUGUUUGUAAGUGUUCCAAAGGGAGAUGCAAUUUUCAUGAAGUGGAUAUGCCAUGACUGGAGUGACGAGCAUUGCUUGAAAUUUUUGAAGAACUGCUAUGCUGCGCUCCCAGACAAUGGGAAGGUAAUUGUUGCUGAGUGCAUUCUUCCGGUGGCUCCGGACAGUAGCCUUGCCACCAAGGGAGUUGUCCAUAUCGACGCGAUCAUGUUAGCUCACAACCCCGGCGGAAAAGAGAGGACGGAGAAGGAGUUUGAGGCCUUGGCUAAGGGAUCUGGAUUCCAAGGCUUUCGGGUCGUGUGCUGUGCUUUCAACACCUAUGCCAUUGAAUUUCUUAAGAAGAAUUGAAUAUAAUUUCCCUUUGGUAUGCUACCAUCUGCAUUUAUAUUGCUUUGGUUUUUUAUAUGGUGAUCGUGUAUCCGUACCUGGAUUUUCCACCAUAAGUAGGUUUUCAUAUGUUACAAAAAAAUAAUAAGAAAGUGAUUUUGUUGCUUUGAUACCAUGUAA